AUGGCAGCGCAAACCCCACCGGCCGGCCGGCCUAAGGUCCAGCCUUGCCGAUACAAGACGGGGAAGACACUAGGCGCCGGUUCGUACUCGGUGGUAAAGGAAUGCGUUCAUAUUGACACCGGUCAGUAUUAUGCGGCCAAGGUGAUCAAUAAGCGAUUGAUGGCGGGGCGGGAACAUAUGGUUCGGAAUGAGAUCGCCAUCUUGAAGAGAGUGUCGAUGGGUCACCAGAAUAUCCUGACAUUGGUGGAUUAUUUCGAGACCAUGAACAAUCUGUACCUCGUCACCGAUCUUGCGCUGGGUGGGGAGCUAUUCGACCGUAUCUGUCGCAAGGGCAGCUAUUACGAGUCGGAUGCUGCGGAUCUCAUCCGCGCAAUCCUGUCCGCAGUGGCUUAUCUGCACGAUCACGGAAUCGUGCACCGCGAUCUCAAACCCGAGAACCUUCUGUUCCGCACCCCGGAAGAUAAUGCAGACCUGCUCAUUGCGGAUUUUGGUCUGUCACGUAUCAUGGAUGAGGAGCAAUUCCACGUCCUAACCACCACUUGUGGCACUCCGGGAUACAUGGCCCCCGAGAUUUUCAAAAAGAGUGGCCAUGGGAAGCCAGUGGAUAUCUGGGCUGUCGGCGUGAUCACCUACUUCUUGCUCUGCGGAUACACCCCCUUUGACCGCGACUCAAACCUGGAAGAGAUGCAGGCCAUCCUUGCAGCUGAUUACGCCUUCACACCACUGGAGUACUGGCGUGGGGUGUCUCAUAGUGCCCGGGACUUCAUCAAACGAUGCCUGACCGUGGAGCCGAAUGCGCGCAUGACCGCCCACGAAGCACUACAACAUGCCUGGGUCAACCCACCUUACGACCCAUCCGCGGAGCUCGGCACCGGCGAAGACCUCCUUCCCACGGUCAAGAAGAACUUCAACGCCCGCCGGACGCUCCACAAAGCGAUCGAUACCGUCCGUGCCAUCAACAAACUGCGCGAAGGUGGUGGCUUGAUGAUGGACGGCGUCAUGAGCGUUGACCCCAAGCCGGAGCGGGUAAACGGAAACGAAGUCAUGGAGGAGCAACACCCUACCCCGCCGCAACAAGUCUACGACCAGAACAUGGAGGUCGACAGUCGUGGAGAUGCCCGCGGCCAGACAGAGCAACAGAUCCGCGACCAGGAGCGACGGGUCAAAGAGAUGGUGGCGGGAUUGUGGACGCGGUCUGGAAAGAAAUGA